AUGACACCAGCUUGUACAUUCAGGGUUAGAUACAAUAUUGAUACAACGUUUUAUCUAUUUGACACACAUGAGUGUAGUUUUUAUUUCAUUGUAUCUAAUCAUGAUUCCACUGAAUUAGUUCUUAAUUCUCCGAUUAAACUCUUAGAUACUAGAAAUUUAGAAGAAAAUGGCGAAUGGGAAGUAGCAAAUUUUGCCGAGAAUAUUGAUGAAGGAAAAGAUGAAAAUAUUGAACAGUUGACGAUCCCAAUGUUACGUGCCUCUUUCACUUUGAAAAGAAGACCUUUGUCAGCACUCAUUAACAGUAUGGCACCUUCUCUACUACUUUGUAUCCUUUAUAUUCUGACAUGUUGGGUUCGGUCUGAUUCUGGCGAAAGAUUGUCAGUUGUAGUGACUUUAUAUCUGGCUUUUGUUUUUUCAACUACGUCACUCAUGGACAAAAUCCCAAACAAUUCAUUAAAGAUGCCUGUGCUUUCUUUCUUCAUUCUUACUGUCAAUAUUAUAAAUGCACUUUGUGUUACAUGGAGCAUAUUUGUCGUACAUUUAGCCAAAGCAGAUAUUAUAAAGCGAAAACUACCAACUAUUCUCACAAAAAUGGUGAUGAAAAAUAAGCGUAUUUCGAUGUCUAAAAUUCGAAAGAAGGUUAAACCUGUUAUUGAAAUAGAGCAAGCAGCUAAAGUACAAGACAUUACGGGCAAAGAUUUGAACGACGAAAAAGAAGAAGACCGGGUUAUAGAUUAUGAUAAUGUGGACGGAAUAAGUGGACUGGAAUUGUCAUCCGUAAACUUAACACAGUAUGUGAAAAGCAUUGAAAGUCUUGACAUCUCGUCAGGUGAGCUUCUAAUAACUGGAUAUUUCGAAAUAAAAUGGACAGAUGAAAUGUUGACAUGGGACCGUGCUCUUUAUGGAGGUAGAGAAAAAAUGCAGUUGCCCAAAGAUAAAUAUUGGAAACCAGAGAUUUCCUUAACAGACGGACCGGCAAAUGAGGACACUUCAAUUUAUGGGAGCGGAUUCUAUCCCGCGUGGGCCACUUACAAAGGGUUAGUAAUGAUCAUUGCAGCUGGCAGUUACAAGACGAAAUGUAUUGUUGAUACACAAUUUUAUCCUUUUGAUAUGCACUCGUGUUACUUCCAGUUCAUCGUAUCAAAUCAUGACUCUACAGAACUUGUGAUAUCUUCCCCUUCACCCGAUAUUCAUUUAAGUGAUUUCAAAGAAAAUGGUGAAUGGGAAGUUAAGAGUACAGAUACAAAUGUAAUGCUGGUAAAAGAGAAAAACAUAGACAGUGUGGGUAUACCAAUGUAUAAGUCAUCGUUUUUGUUAAAAAGAAGGUCCAAAUUUGAAAUGAUAAAUUCACUUACACCUAUCAUGUUUAUGUUAUUUCUGAAUAUUGCAACUUGUUUCGUUCGCCCUGAAUCCGGUGAAAGGACAACAUUUGCAAUAACGCUAUAUUUAGCAUUAGUUUUUGCAGCAACAGCAUUAACUGAGACAAUACCUAGAAAUUCAUUAAAAAUACCAGUGAUUUCGUAUCAACUGCUUACAGUUAAUCUCAUCAACACGGUUGGCGUUUUAUGGAGCAUAUUCAUUGUUAAUUGCGCGAGUAAAUCUGCGGCUGAUAGAUAUCUGCCAAACUUUCUUCUCAGAAUGAUUAUGAAAAGGAGAAAGAAAAGUAAAAAUAAUGUUAAAAUGAUAACUGUAGAAGAAUCAGUUGUAUCGAUAUUGCCUGUUGAGGGUACGGAUAUUCGUAAUAGUGACACCACUUCUCAAAAGGAAGAAGUAUGUAAUGAACCACGUCUGCUAACAUAA